GACAACAAAAAUAAAUUUGUGGACAACAAGCCAGAGUGCAUGAUGGCGGCGUCGCUGCUACGCCGGGACAAGAAAGCUACUGCCGCCCAUUUGAAGGCAGACCUAAACCGGACUGACAAUGGCUCUGGGGUGCGACAACUCCAGGAGCUGCUCGAUUCUGUCCUGAAUCCCGAAAAGCCAGCGGCGGACACGGAGGCUCUCGACUGGUGUAAAUGUCUGAUCGCAGGAGGUGAAGCUUUCGAAGAGUUCUGCAAAACGGUCCGGUCCUAUGACAACGCGACUCUGUGCGGACUGGUCUGGACAGCAAAUUUUGUGGCAUAUCGAUGUCGGACCUGUGGCAUUUCUCCUUGCAUGUCACUGUGUGCAGAGUGCUUUAAUAAUGGAGACCACACGGGCCAUGAUUUCAACAUGUUCAGGAGCCAGGCUGGUGGGGCCUGUGACUGUGGAGAUAGUAAUGUCAUGCGAGAGAGUGGGUUUUGUCGACGGCAUCGGUUAAGAACAGGAGAAAAUGUCCCGUCAGUACCUCGAGACCUGCUGUUGAUGUCUGAGAUGGUCCUCCCUCGCUUCAUCAUCUGUAUCAUACAGUACCUGAGAGAUGGAUACACUGAGCCAGACACCUCCACCGAGAGAGAUCUACAGAAGGUUCUGCAACAGCUGGAGCCUCAGAUCUCCUUCCUAGAGGAGCUGACGAAGAUGGGAGGAGCAAUGAGGACCGUGCUGACAAAGAUCCUGACCAAUCAGCAAACGUUCAAAGAGCUGAGCAUGGGUCAAGAAGAGAAUUUGUAUGCUAAAAAGAACUAUGACAAGUAUUUGUCAGCAUUAAAAAAUUCAGGUCUGGUGUCUGUUGAGGAGAAAGCCCAGAGUGGGGCUGCAGAUGUUGCUGCUGGAGCUGAGGGAGGUGCAGGAGCAUUGGGCUUAUUGGGAACCACUGCACCAGGGAGCCCAGAUGAGUCAAGUAAAGAGGAGGAUCAGGAUGGAGGACAGUCUGUUGGACAGAGAAAGAGGGUAAAGCUGAGUAGCACUACCAAAGACCCAUAUAUUAUAGAAUCUCUAAAGCAUAAAUGCUUUUUGGAGGAAUUACUGUUUUGGACAAUAAAGUACGAGUUUCCUCAGAAGAUGGUCACCUUCUUACUAAACAUGUUGCCAGAUCAAGACUACAAGAUCACCUUCACAAAAACAUUUGUCCAGCAUUAUGCAUUCAUCAUGAAAACACUGAUGAAAAGCCAUGAGUCUGAUACCAUGUCCAACCGCAUCGUACAUAUCAGUGUGCAGUUGUUCAGUAAUGAGGAGCUGGCACGGCAUGUGACGGAGGAGUGCCAGCUGCUGGACAUCAUGGUCGCGGUCCUCCUCUACAUGAUGGAGAGUUGCCUUAUCAAAAGUGAACUUCAAGAUGAAGAGAACAGUCGCCAUGUUGUGGUGAACUGUGGUGAGGCUCUGCUGAAGAACAACACUUACUGGCCUUUAGUUAGUGAUUUUAUUAAUAUCCUUUCACACCAAAGUGUUGCGAAAAAAUUCCUGGAGGACCAUUCGUUAUUGAUGAUGUGGAUGAGCUUUGUGUCAUUUUUUCAAGGUAUGAACUUGAAUAAGAGGGAGUUGAAUGAGCAUGUAGAGUUUGAGUCUCAGACAUACUAUGCAGCCUUUGCAGCAGAGCUUGAGGCCUGUGCACAACCAAUGUGGGGUCUCUUGACACACUGCAAGGUCAAAGAAACACAGGAAUACACUAAAACUGUGGUGCGCUACUGCUUGGAGACCCUGCAGAUCUGGUUCGAUGCCAUUGGCUUCGUUGAUGAGCCUGCUCCAAACCAAGUGACAUUUCAUCUGCCACUACAUCGCUACUAUGCCAUGUUCCUCAGUAAGGCUGUAAAGUGCCAGGGGCUGGACCUGGACAGCCUCCUACCUGACCAAGAGAUGUUGAUGAAAAUCAUGGUUCAUCCACUCCAGAUCCAGGCAAGCCUGUCGGAGAUCCACAGCAACAUGUGGGUCAGGAACGGCCUGCAGAUCAAAGGACAGGCUAUGACCUAUGUGCAAUCUCACUUCUGCAACUCCAUGAUUGACCCAGACAUCUACCUGCUCCAGGUUUGUGCAUCAAGGCUUGACCCUGACUACUUCAUCUCAUCUGUGUUUGAGAGGUUCAAAGUGGUUGACUUGUUGACGAUGGCGUCUCAGCAUCAGAAUGCUUUGCUGGAGUCUGAGCAGGAGAGGCCGAUGCUGGAAGGAGCACUGACGUUUCUUGUCAUAUUGACAAGUCUUCGCAUUCAUUUGGGCAUGGCAGAUGAUGAGAUCCUCCGAGCUGAAAUGGUCUCCCAGUUGUGUAUGAAUGACCGUACCCACAGCUCGCUGUUAGACCUUAUUCCUGAGAAUCCCAACCCCAAGAGUGGCAUUGUACCAGGGAGCUGUAGCUUUGAAGAGAUGCUCUCUGCCGUAGCCGACUUCAAGGCACCUGUGUUUGAACCAGGAGGCUCCAUGCAGCAGGGCAUGUACACACCUAAAGCGGAGGUGUGGGAGAAGGAGUUCGACCCAAUCAUGGUUGUUCUCAGAACAGUCUAUCGGCGUGAUGUCCAGUCAGCAAUGGACAGAUACUCAGCAUUCUUGAAACAGUCUGGAAUUCACACCAGCAACCCAUGGCCACCCUACAAGGAGAGGACUCCUCUGCAUCCAUGUUACAAAGGCCUAGUCAAGCUAUUGCACUGCAAGACAUUGCACAUAGUAAUAUUCACUCUCCUUUACAAGAUCUGGAUGGAUCAUCAGAACAUGUCUGAACAUGUUCUGUGCAUGGUACUGUACCUUAUAGAGCUGGGUUUGGACAACCAAGUUCAAGACAAGGAGGAAGAGGAGCCUUGCAUUGAGGAGCACUGCCAUGACAGUUGGUUCCCCGGCACCAACCUUCUCUCCAAUCUGCACCAUGUCAUCAAUUUUGUGAGGGUUCGGGUUCCUGAGACGGCUCCUGAAGUGAAGAGAGAGCCGCCUCCCAGCACCAGCUCUGAAGUUUCCUCUUUUGGCCAACACUUGCGUGAAGCUCAGGUGUUCAGCCUUGUGGCUGAGCGCAGGAGGAAAUUUCAGGAGAUUAUCAACCGCAGCAAUACUGAAGCUAACCAGGUUGUCAGGCCUAAGAGCUCCUCAACACGCUGGGUCCCACCGGGCACACCGCCCCAGCUGGUCACAGAGAUCCUGGAGAUCCGAGAGAGCAUGCUGUCCCUCCUCAUCAAGCUCCACCAGAAGCUGUCAGCCAGACAAAACUCUCUGUCAGCCUCCUGGCUAGAGGACAUGGACAUAAGCCAUCACGCCCAUGGAGAUGGCAUCACUGCUAUUGAGCGUAUCCUCACCAAGGCAGCCACGCGUAGCCGACAGAGCAAGCGUAGCAUCCAGGAAAUCUGUGGAAAGGUGUGUCCUCCAGUGCCACCAAAGAAGAACAGUCCCACUGACAAGAAAGCCAUGGAUAAAGAAGAGAGACGUCAGAGGGCCAGAGAGAGACAGCAGAAGCUACUUGCUGAAUUUGCCUCCAGGCAGAAGAGCUUCAUGGAAACAGCCAUGGAUGUUGAAUCCCCAGAUGCUGAGGCGGCCAUGGACCUGGGAGCAUCUGAGGUGAUGGAAUCGGAGGUUCUUUAUGACUGUGUCAUCUGUGGCCAGAGUGGACCUUCUACCGAGGACAGACCCACUGGUCUAGUGGUUCUCCUCCAAGCAUCCUCAGUGCUUGGACACCGCUGCAAAAGUGAAGAGGCUAAGAAGCUGCCGACAAGUGAUGAGGAGCAUAUUUACCCUGCAGAUACAUGUGGGGCAGCUCAUGAUGUCAGGCUCACGCUCAUGCAACGCUUCUUCAAAGAUAGUUCUUGUCUGCAGUCUGUGUCAAUAGGCUGGGAUGGGGGUGUCUACGUGCAGACCUGUGGACACACCUUGCAUAUAGAUUGCCACAAGUCUUACAUGGAAUCUCUUAGGAAUGACCAGGUUCUACAGGGCUUCUCUGUUGACAAGGGUGAAUUUACCUGCCCACUGUGUCGACAGUUUGCCAAUAGUGUCCUUCCCUGUCGUCCCGGGCGGGGCACAGAGACCGGUGCCUGGCACACGCCUACUAACAAGAAGACAUGUGUGCUGGUCAAGGAGGUAGAAGAUCUACAGGAGCAACUGGGCUUAUUCCCAACAGAGUCCAACUUGAGUAAAGAGAUGGAGUUGGUUAUCAAGAACAUCAAGGAUACCACCCAGAAGAAAUACAUGGACUAUGGCAAGAACCCUGGCUCCCCUGAUAAUGACUUCCUCUUCAUGUACUCUGUGGCAAGGACCAACCUGGAGUUGGAGCUUGUGCACCGGGGAGGAAACCUAUGCUCUGGAGGGGCCAGUGCAGCAGCCAAACGCUCCUGUCUCAAUCAGCUGUUCCAUGUCCUGGCCAUGCACAUGCGUCUGUACAGCAUCGAUUCAGCCUACAACCCCUGGACGAGGCUGACUCAGGUUAUGCAAAGCAGAGAGACAGAUGGCUUUGAUGAAGAGAGACCUGAGGUGCCAAUGCUGUUUCGAGAUGUCCCAUCCCUGCUGAUUAUCUUUGUGUUGACCAUGCCACAGCCUCUGCGAAAAGAACACUUUACCUGUGUGGUCAAGAUGCUGUACAACCUGCAGUACAUCCAGGCUCUAGCCGCGCUCUCCGCCAAGUUCAGCCCAGAGGAGAGGCAGGCCUGGAGCUCAUCUGGAGCUCUCAAGAAGAAUGCUGCCAAUGCUGACAAGUCUUUUGAAGCGCUACUUAGCCAUGUUACCAGCGAACUCUCCAAGGACAACAGUGUCUACAAGGUGAACACUGAAGAAACAUCAAUGUUGAGCUCCAGUGUGUGGUCCCCACAAUCCAUAGAGUUCAGCCUCCAGCAGUUCUGCCUGCCCUUCCUUCGUCUGUCCUGCCUCCUGCAGCAUCACCUCUACGGAGACAACCUAACAGGCUGCCUGGAGGAGGAGGAGUUCUCAUCCCUGGCUGUGUGUUUGGGGCUCAUCACCUCAGUCCCCCAGCCUUCCACCCCCAUGCACAGUGCCUCAUGUCUGGAGUGGGCAGUCAGCGCCUUUGACUUGGUGACUCAGUGGUGUGCCGAGGUCACAGGGCUCUCUGAGGCGCAGGCCGAGCAGUCACUGACUUUGCUUGUCCAGGAUCCUCAGUGGGCAGCCCCCCGCCUCCUCCAGCUACCUGACAACUACAACAUCAUCUUCCAGUACUAUCACAGGAAGGCCUGCACUGCCUGCAAAAAGGUGCCAAAGGACCCUGCACUCUGCCUCGUUUGUGGCGCCUUCGUCUGUCUCAAAGGGCUGUGCUGCAAGCAGCAGGGUAUCUGUGAAUGUGUUUUGCACUCCCAACACUGUGGCGCAGCUACAGGCAUCUUCCUACUGAUAAAUGCCUCAGUCAUCAUCAUUAUCCGUGGACAUCGUUUCUGCCUAUGGGGUUCUGUUUACCUGGAUGCCCAUGGAGAGGAGGACCGUGAUCUACGCCGUGGCAAGCCUCUGUUCUUAUGUGAAGAGAGGUAUCGAGUGUUGGAGCAACAGUGGGUUUCACACACCUUCGACCACAUCAAUAAGCGUUGGGGGCCUCAUUAUAAUGGACUUUAAGCUCUCCCAAAGCCCAGUAAAAAAAACACAACCCCUAAUGGAAAAGAUUUUUUUUUUUAUCUGGCUUAUGUGUCUGCCUCGAUUAAAAUAUUUGGGAAUCUUAUGUGAUAUACACGAACAUGCAGUGAGGGUAUUGCUGCCACAGCCUUGGUUUAUGUGAAGUUUGGUGUACAAUCAUGCCUAAAGACUAACAAGUGUGUGUGUUUAUUUAAGUGAUUUACUGUGUGGUUUUCAACAGGGAGAAUCAGAAUUUGCGAAGUUCAGAGUGAAAGCACAACUUUCCCCAGAAAUAAAAUUGGUUUGGAAGAAGCUUUGUAAUAUUGGAGCCUCUAAUAUGUUGGGUUUCAAAAAAAUAUUGGAAUGCUGAAUACCCCUGCAAAGUUUGAUUAUUUUUUUGGCACCAUUUGUAAUGUCAAUGUAUAUCCCUCAUUUAUCAAAAACUGCUCUGCUGUGCUGUGCUGGCAUGAGUUUCAAGCUCCUGAUGAGUGUAGCGAUGUUAUUGCAAUGUGCACUCGUGUUUAUUGAUGUGUAAUGGUAGGCAGGACAAGUCCACUCAUCAACACUAGAGUUUAUUGCAGACAAGCAGAGGCUCUUUUUUUUAUGGGUCUAGUUGCAAUCCAUCCUCAGGAAUUAUUUUUCUUUUUUUUUUCAUUUUGCUGUUUAAAAUACAAAGUUUUAGAUAUUUAAAUAAAUGCUGCUGCUCAUUGUUCAAGUAAGUAAUUUUACCUUUGUGAUGAUUUUUUUUUUUUUUUUUUUUUUUCUAAGAGGUUUGGUUUUGAGUUUAUGGUAGAUGGCUGGGAAUGUUGCCUCAAACUCACUUUAAUGUUUAGGGAGGCAUGCGGUCACCUCUUCUUUACUCUGAUGGCUCCUGCAGUCCUGCGCUCUAUGAAGCCUUUUUUGGUUAUGAUUGAUUUUGAAAAACAGACUCAAACCCAAAACCUAGGGCAAGUUAGGCGAUAACAGUGAACAUAAACCCCUAAUGCCCAAGAUAUGAAGAAAGUUUGGUUUUACAGUGGCUGAAUUAUCAUAUCUUUUUUUUAACAUUGUUAUCACACAGAUAUGGCAUCCUGCUGCAUAUGCAACGGUGUGAGCCAUAUGUAAGCAGUAACACUGUAUAUUAAGUUAUGAGUUUAGACCCUGUAACAUGGAAAGGGGCGUAUAUCAUGAUAUUUUGGGAUACAUAUAAAAUAGCCUUGGGUCUUGGAAUGACUUGGGUGUGUUAAAAGUGUUCUAUCAUGAAAGUGAAUGAAAUGUUGGUUUGGAGAAGAAAUGCCAAUAUCCUUCAUCUUUCUGUACUGUCAGAUAAUGUAGCUUGUUCCCCCUUUUAUGCUUUUGUCUGCCAAAAGUCACGCCACCAUUUCUAGUGAUGACCAUCCCACUCACAGCUGUACAAGUCAUCUAGUCAUGAAUCAAUAGGUGCAUUCCAACGUUACAUUAUUCAGCUUCAGAGUCCAUUAACACACUGUGCAUGACAUCCUGUUUUCCACCAUUAUUUGAGUUAAGUGUCUUAGCUACUUAAUUUUCUGAUUAUCAUCUUUUUCUCUGGAAGAGAGGACACUUAUCCAGUUGUGCCUGCAAGAUUAAUGUUACUUUUUUUUUUUUUUUUUCCGGGUGAUAAACAGCAUACUGGUGGUACCCCUGAUCCCAGGUUUUGAAAUGCUGGGCCACAUCAUGCCCACUGAGGAAUCUUGAAGGAAGAAGUUAAACACUUGAAUAAUUUCCUCUUGAAUUCAUGCAUGCUGCUUAUCUGUUCACUAAUUUCCCCCUCUGUUCUUUUUUGCAGUACCCACUUUGUAAAUGACCGCAACCAAAUAGCCAAUGAGUAAUGGGUGUAAAUUCUAACUGAAAGCUCUUGUGUGUUCUCCUGUAUGAAUGAAGAGAGAAUACAGUACAUUACUGUAGGUGCUGACUCAAACUUUCUGAGUUUGACCAGAAAGUAUGACUUGGACAUUUAAUGCAAAAUGUAACAUAUGUGAAUAAAAUAUAAACACACUGA